AUGAUUCGUCGUAACCCUACACGUUUAGAAAUUCGCCAAGAGAAUGUUGAACAACUUCAACUUCUUCGACAAGAAUAUAAGAAAAAACUUUCACAAAAACCAGGAGCAAUGGAUCAAGAGCCAAUUGUAGGCGCAGAAGAACUUCGAAAUAGAAGAAAGAACAU